AUGUACACCAAAGUCGUUCACCUAGGCUCGCGCCUGCACUACCCCAUCACCAUCACCAAGUUGCUCAAAUCGCCGGGAGAUGCCAUCAAGAAACAGGAGACGAUUAUAGAAUACAAGUUUUCGUGGCGGCGGCGCAUCGGCGAGGAUGAGUGGGCCGACGAGACAACAUACACAGAGUACGACAGUCCGGCCGAGGGCGUUCUCAAGGAGUGGAAGCUGGAGGAGGGCAUGGUCAUCAAUGCUGAUGUGCCGUGCAUGACGGUCGAGGAGGCAUGCGGUCACGAGGUCCAGAUCCAGGGCCUCUGCACACUCUGCGGCGCCGACAUGACCGAGACUGACUGGGCGAGCGAGGAGCGCGGUACCGACCGGGCCAUGAUCAACAUGACGCACGACCAGACGGGCCUCAUGGUAAGCGAGAACGUCGCCACGAAGGCCGAGCACGACACGCAAAAGCGCCUCCUGCGCCAGCGUAAGCUCAGCCUCGUCGUCGACCUCGACCAGACCAUCAUCCACGCGUGCAUCGACCCGACCGUCGGCGAGUGGCAGUCGGACCCCUCAAACCCCAACCACGGCGCCGUCAAUGAUGUCAAGUCCUUCCAGCUCAGCGACGAUGCGCCGCGCGGGGCCGCCAGUGGCUGCACAUAUUACAUCAAACUUCGUCCCGGCCUUCGCGAGUUCCUCGACGAGGUUAGCUCCAUGUACGAGCUGCACGUAUACACCAUGGGCACACGCGCCUACGCUCAGAACAUUGCCCGAAUCGUCGACCCGGAUCGCAAGCUGUUUGGUAACCGUGUCAUCAGUCGCGACGAGAACGGCAGCAUCACGGCCAAGACGCUCCAGAGACUCUUCCCCGUCAGCACAAACAUGGUGGUCAUCAUCGAUGACCGAGCCGAUGUCUGGCCCCUGAACCGCCCCAACCUCAUCAAGGUCAUGCCCUACGACUUCUUCAAGGGAAUCGGUGACAUCAACUCGAGCUUUUUGCCUAAGAGGAUGGAUAUUGUGCCAACAGAUACGACACCGUCGCCGACAACAACAACAACAACAACAGCAGCAGCAGCAGCAACGACGACGACGAUGACGACGACGACUUUGACAAUACAAACCAAUGGCAAAACCAUGUCGACGACGGAGGGGCAGAGCAAUGAUAGCAACGACAGCGCUACGGAUAGAACCACGUCCGGUGGUGCUGACGCCAAGGUGGCCAACGCUGUCUCGCCCCUCGAUGAGCUUGCCCGUAUGAGUGGUGCUGAUGACGAAGCAGCUCUCAAGGCCCAGACGGAGGAGCAGGCGAAGACGCUGGAGAAGCAGCUCAAUGAACGACCCCUGCAGCACAUGCAGGAAGAGCUGGAUAAAGAAGAGGAGCAGGGCGAGGCGAUUGGCCAGGACCUGGUUGCGUCGCAGCCGCGCCAGAAUCUGCUCGUGGACGAUGACGAAGAGCUCAUCUCGCUCCAGGAUCACCUUGCCGAUCUGCAUAGCGCCUUUUACGAGACGUACGACCGCCGAAGGUCCGAACGCAAAAAGGGCGAACCCAAGCACAACCCGGGUGACAGGCCUCGACGCCACUCCGUUGACGACGGCGUGGACCUGUCGCUGGUGCCGGAUGUGGGCGACAUCUUGGACAAUCUUAAGUCAAGCGUUCUCGAAGGUCUGGUGAUAGUACUCUCCGGCUUGGUGCCACUUGGUGUGCGAGUCGAGGAAUCGGAUAUAGGCAUACAAGCGCAGAGCUUUGGUGCACAGGUCCUCGACAGCAUAUCGAAGCGUGUCACGCACCUGGUGGUGUCGUCGGCGCGACCGCGCACCAAGAAGGUGCAACAGGCGGCCAAGAUAUCCAGCAUCCGCAUCGUCAACCAGAACUGGCUGCUCGACUGCCUGAGCCAGUGGCGCCGUCUAGACGAGAGCCCCUACUACAUUGGAGUGUCCGGCGUCGACCGCGAGCGAGGCCCCGGCGACGACACGACGGAUGGGCCGUCGGAGGGUGAGGACGAGGGCAUGAAGGAUAUGGACGACCUCAACUGGGCUGAGGCCGACGACCACGAGAUCCAGGAGCUGUUGGGUAUGGACACGGAUGAGGAUAUCGACUUUGACGACGACGACGACGAAGACGGUAACGACGGCAAUGACGACGAUAAAUCCUCUUCGUCGCAAGCAGCCGAGAGCGAGAGCGGUAGCGACACCGAAGGCAACGAGUCAGACAGCAGCAGCGACAAGAAGCAGGGAACAAAGCGGAAGGCCCGGACAGGCGAGGGUGACGGCGUCGACUCUGAGGGCGAGAGCGCACUAGCCAAGAAGCAGCGUGUGGCUCGUAACCGCGGUGCAUCGGGACUACGUUCUGCCGUCAUGGCCGAUGACGAGGACGUCGCUGAGGACGCCGAGGACCAGCCAAAAUCUUCGGGUCUCCCCACGCCGGGCGGCGAGUCGCAGAAGCAGGAUCACGACGAUGGAAUUGACGAGGAUGAUGAUCUUGAGAGGGCGUUGCUGGCUGAACUUGAGGCUGCGGGUGAUUGA